AUGCCACCGCGCAUUCCGCCUCCGCGCGCCCUCAGCCGUCGCGCCUGCCGCCAAUAUGCCACGCCCUCCAGAUCGCCCACCAUCAAGCGCAAAGAACGCUCAGCUCCGCCAUCCUCGAUGCGCCUCCCGUAUUAUACCAGGGAACUGCCUCCUCUCGCAGAACUCGACACCAUGUCCAAGGCCGGCAUGGUCGAGAGCCACCCCCGCAGCCUCCUGGGGGUCCUACAGGCCUUGGAUGGCUACGGCAUGAAGUUGAGCGCGUCCAAGACCAUUGCCAUCUGCAAGGAGCAUGACGUCGACGUUGCCGACCUGGACGCCGUCGCGUACGUCUCUUUGCGCCAGCGCAGGCCCAUUGCUAAGCCGCUGCUGCUGCUGGCGUCGGCGGCUGGUGUGCCCCACUCCACCCUCCGCCUGCUACGCGCCGCCCUCAAACAACAAGGAGGACAGGCCUUUCGCUCCGCCGAGUUGGCGCCCGCGCGCGCCCACUUCGGCCAGCUGCUCGCAGAGAAAAACACUACGGCCAUGAUGCUACAGGCCGAGGUGUAUCAGGCCGAAGCCAACAUCCCCGGCGCCAUCUUCAUGCUCAGAGGUGCCCUCCACUUCGAGGUCGAGGCUGCCAAAAAAGUAGUCGACGAGGAUCCUGCCGUUGCCGCGGAAGUGAUCAGCGAGGAACCGUCCGUUUCGGUCGAAGACGAGUUGACGACUGCGUCAAUACGCGCUUGGACCACACUGGGCCAACUUUACCUCGCAAUCAACGACACUAAAAUGGCACUUAAAGCCUUCAAAACGAGUGCAUACGGAGCCAACGAUCCGGAGGGGCACUAUUGGCUCGCGACUCUCCUGCCGCUGCACAGCGCUCAGUGGGUUACAUCGAUGACUAAGGCUGCAGCAUCGGGCCACGUCGAGGCGGCAUACGAGCUCGGCAAGAUGUAUGCGACGCCGGUGGAUGCCAUCGCCGACGCAGAGACGCGCGCCGACCAGCACCAGCUGGCCGCGAACCCGCCCGUCGAAUGGCGCUACCACCUCGUACCCCCGACGCAGCGGCCGUUGAGCAUGGCGGAGGUGUCGUUGAUCGCGAGCGCGAAGCCCGGCCCAGGCUCGCUGACCAAGCGGCUCGAUGCACGCACAGCUAUGGCUGUGGAGUGGUUCGACUUGAUAUGGAAGUACCAUGAUGGCGCGGCCCAAGCCUUGAUCGACUUGGUGGUCUUGGGACCGGACGCGCCCCCUCCCAGUGGGCUGUUGGGUAGGGUCAAGAACUUGCUUUGCUAG